AUACCUGACACUGAGUCCGAGUGCUGGCAAAAUAAGUGCAUUAAUAAAACCGAUGGUACUUAUUUGCCGGAUGCUUCUUCAUGCAUUUCUUUCUAUGUUUGCUCUGGCGGAGAGGCGACUGCACAAGAUUGUGGCAGCAGCAGUUAUUUCAAUAGUUCCAGUAGUGCAUGCGAACCAGAUCCAACUGGCGAGCAAUGUUGGGAGAAUUUGUGCGUUGGAAAAAAGGAUGGCGAAUUUGUCAAGGACGUAAAUGAUUGCCACAGUUAUUAUGUGUGCUCUGCCGAUAAACCUGUUAAGCAGGACUGUCCGAAAGGUAGCUAUUUCGAUUGGUCUGUGGAUGCAUGUAUACCUGGAGAGUGUCCAUCAGAUGAAACCACAACAGAGUUCCCAACCACAGAAACCACAAUCUCGUCGACUGAGUGUACCGAAGAAAGCACGGAAUCUUCUUCAUCAACAGAAUGCACCGAAGCCACUACAACUACCACUGAAUGUCCACAAGUCACAACUACUACUGCAUGUCCGGAAGUUACAACAACUACCACUGUAUGCCCAGAAGUUACAACAACUACCACUGCAUGCCCGGAAGUUACAACAACUACUACUGCAUGUCCGGAAGUUACAACAACUACUACUGCAUGUCCUGAAGUUACAACNUACUGCAUGUCCGGAAUUACAACUACAACUGUAUGCCCUGAAGUUACAACAACUACUACUGCAUGCCCUGAAAUCGCAACAACUACCACUGAAUGUGCUCAAAUUACAGAACCUGCGAAUGAUAUUGGUCGCACUUGUCCUGGUGGUUACGAGGAAGGGGAAUUAUUACCCUAUCCUGAGAGUUGUGAUAAAUACUACGUAUGCUUUGACGGCAAGCUCCAGGAAAGAGAAUGCGGUGUAGGUAAUCGCUUCGAUAGCACCCUGAAGGCGUGUGAGCCCGAUACAGAACAUGGCUGCUGGCCAGCUGAUUCCAAUGAUCAAACUGACGGCCAGCGAAGCAAACGGAGUGUAGACGAAGAUGUCGCAGACGAGGAAUCUGAUUUGAGAUCUAACAGUGAAGUAGGAGUUUUAGGUGAAACCCCCCAAAAAUCCGAUGAGAGUUUUGUCAAUAAUAACAACGAGGUUUCUAUUAUUGAUGAAAACAGUGAAAACACCGUUGAAAAAUCCGAAAAUCGGGCAUUGGAUAAUUUAAAAUGUUUAGGUUUGUACGCUGAAGGAAAAAUAGUCAGCCAUCCCAAGGAUUGUCGGCAGUAUCUAAUUUGUGUCAGCGGUGAAAUGAUUUUAAGGGAUUGUGGCUUUGGCAACUACUUUGAACCAAGAACACUAACAUGCAACAUUGACACCGAACAAAGUUGCAUCUCAAACUUUAAUUUGGACAGUAAAAGUGCCGUCGUUGAUGGCAAAGCAGCUAGUAAUGAUGGCACAGAGUGCACAUGCCCGGGCGGAUACAAGGAAGGACAAUUACUGCCAUUCCCUAAUUACCCCGAAAACUGCGAUAAAUAUUAUAGAUGUACCGACGGUAAGCUCCAAGAAAGCGAUUGUGGCAAUGGCAAUCGUUUUGAUAAUAGUACUGGCGCUUGUAUUCCGGAUACUGACCACGUUUGUUGGCCAGCUGAAACUAAUUGCACUUGCCCCGGCGGCUAUAACGAAGGUCAAUUGCUCCCUUACCCUGAUAAUUGUGACAAGUAUUAUAUAUGCACUGGAGGCAGGCUUCAAGAACGUGAUUGUGGAAGUGGCAACCUUUUUAAUAGUAGCCUCGGGGUUUGUGAACCCGACACUGACAAUACCUGCUGGCCCAACGUAUGCAAGGAUCAACCGGAUAGCACAGCUGUAGCAGACUCGACCAAUUGUACAUCUUUUUACCUUUGUGAAGGUGGUAAAGGAGAAGUAUACGAAUGUCCUGAUGAAAAAUGGUUUAAUCCGCUUCAAGGAAUUUGCGUGCCAGAUUACAAUGCGACCUGCAUAAAUCCCUGCAAAGAUACCACAGGCAUUACGUUCCUACCAAAUCCCGAUUGUACUAAGUACUUCCUUUGUAAUGAUGGUAAGCCUUAUGUGGAAACGUGUACGGUGGGUGGGUUCGACAUAACACUGGGCAAAUGUCAUGAAGAUGCAGUUUGUGAAGCUACAUUGUGCGUGGAUAAAGAUGACGGAAGUACAUUCCCUGUGGUAGGAAAUGACACUAAAUUCUAUGUGUGCCUUGGAGGUGUGGCACAAAUAAACGAAUGUAGUGCUGGAACUGUUUACCAAGCUUCUUUAGGAGUCUGCUUAGAGCAACCAAGCUCAAAUUGUGAUCAGUCCAAAUGCAGUUCUGCUAGCUCUGAAUAUGAUGCGUUUGCGCCGACAACAGAUACCGAUGACACCGCAUUCUGUUUGUGUCGUGAUGGUGCAGCAUACUUAUACCACUGCUCAGACAACUACACCUUCCGAGCGGACCUGGGAAUAUGCUACUCGAAUGCGCCUUGCGACCCAGAGCUAUGUGACGUUUACCCAGAGAACACCCGCUCUCCCAACCGCAAUGACACACAUAGUUUCUGUCUGUGUGUGAGCAAGCAGCAAGUGAUAGUUGACUGUCCCAACAACCAAACCUAUAAUCCAGUUUCUCAAUUAUGCCAAACGCAUGAUGAAAAAUGUUCUUCUACUUUCUGCCUCACGGCGGACGAGAAUACCAUUUUCCCAGCUUUGGACAAUGAUACCGACGGCUUCUGCAUAUGCCUUGCUUCGGGUGCCGAAUAUAAGCCCUGUGAAGAUGGUAGCAAAUUUGACGUGGAUAGGGGUAUAUGUCUGCCAACUAGCGAGGAGGCUUGCAGUGAUUCACUUUGUGUAGACAAUGUUGGUUUGAUUUUUGGUGCUACGGGUGAUCCAAACGCAUUCUGCUAUUGCGAACAAGAUGGUGUAGCCACUAAGAAGAGCUGCCCUAACUCGGAGAUAUUUAACGAUACUUUGCUAAUAUGUCAGGCGCUGGGAUGCGACGGCCAAGUGUGCCUGACGAAUCCUUCCGGACCUUUUCCAGCAUUAAAUGAACCAUACUCAUUUUGCAUUUGCACAAGCACAGAUCCGAGUUCCGUAACCAAAUACAAUUGUGAAAAUGGAACUCGCUUCAAUCCCAGUUUACUAAUAUGUAUAGAGGAUCCUUGUGACUCGAGCGUCUGUGCUAAUGCUACCAAUGAUGGCGUCGCUUAUCCAGCCAACAACUAUCCGCAAGGAUUUUGCAUAUGCGUAAAUGGCGUGCCGGAAGUACAUGCUUGCCCAAGUGGUGCUGUAUUCGAUCCAACUACUGCGAUAUGCAUAUCUUCGACCACUCUGCAAUGCGAUAUAUCCAAAUGUGCUAAUGCAACCUCAGAAAACACAUAUCCCGUUGCAGCCAAUAAUGACUCGCACGGUUUUUGCUACUGUUUCUCAGCAACUGAAAUUGAGUUCUUCUCCUGCCCAGACGAUGCCUUGUUUGAUCCCGAACUCGGAAUUUGUGAUGUGAAUGGAGCGGUUACAUCUACACCAGGACCUGAAGGCAAUUGUACUUGUCCAGGAGGUUACAAAGAAGGACAAUUAGUAGCAAACCCAACAAACUGCCGACUGUACUAUGUCUGCAGCUCAGGUCGGCUUCAAGAACACGAUUGUGGUGCAGGAAAUUCAUUCGAUCAAGUUAGUCUUUCUUGUCAGCCGGUGGACAAAAAACGGACGCACACAAUUGGACACAUGAUGCGCUCAAAAGUUCUUCCAGAGGAUGAUAAAUUGUGUAUGGAUAACGAAAAACAGUCAGUUCCCUCCAACUGUUCCCAGUAUGAAAUAUGUAUUGACGGCGCUUGGACUCGGCUAAGCUGCGCGAGCGAACGUUACUACAAUCCCGAGCAACGCAAAUGCAUGGAGCCGCGUGAUGACACCGUUUGCGCCUAUGCCCGUGUCAAAAACCUACCUAUCUGUAGUGCAUCAAUGGAGCAACGCACGGUGCCUGUAAAGGAGCCAAAUUGUGGCCAAUACUAUCGCUGCAACCAUGGAAAGUGGCGUUUGAAAACCUGUCCCAAGCACUAUUUCUAUUCUAAACGCUUGAAAACAUGCAUUCCAAGUCCACAUGACGAUGCCUGUGUGGCGCGAAAUGCAACUGGGAUCGAUGAUGAUAUGGAACCUAAUUCAAAUAUGACUUCCUCUAAGUGCCGACACAUGGAAGUGCGUCGCUAUGAGCAAAACUGCGCGAUGUAUCUUAUGUGUAUGGAAGGCAAAUGGUGGCACCAGUACUGUCCGCUUGGCAUGUACUACAACCACACAUACAACUAUUGUAUGCCCAAUAUAAAAGGACAGUGCGCUACUUCGUUCGAUACGAGUAUACAAGAUAAACCUUCCAUGCAGCCUUGCGACCACAAAGGUGCAGUUCGUCCUUCAGCUCUAUCUUGCGAUCGAUACUUUGAGUGCCAAGCAGGCUAUUGGGAAUUGAGAAAUUGUGGAACUCAUCAAUAUUUCAAUGCCACUGAGAGGGCGUGCCUAUCCGAUAAAGAAGGUUUCUGUGCACAAUUUCAUAAAGCUCAAUGCGACGAGGGUGAGAAACGCGACUUUCCACUCAACUGCACAGCCUAUGAGAUUUGUAUGCGCGGCAAAUGGAUCCGAGCGAGUUGCAAUCAGUCAUGGAUUUUUGAUAACACAUUACGUAUGUGUAUACCCAACGACGGAAGCUGCGCUGAGAAUGGUCUUCGCAAAGUAUGUGGCGUUGGAGAGACAAAGGCGCAUCCUUUACCUGAGAAUUGUACUCAAUUUUAUUACUGUCUGAAAGACAGCUGGUAUGAGGGCACUUGCUUGAAAGGUCAUACCUUUAUAAAGCUCACAAGAGAGUGUGCGCCACACGAUGCAUAUGACAAAUGUCAACCGCUAUCUGUAGAAGGAAGUGAAAAUAUUACAACGAGUGCAUAUUUAAAUGGUCAAAAGCAAAUUGAAAGCAACCGCAGCGCCCUCUGUCUUGGUCGAGCAGAUGGAAGUGCUGUGCCGCAUCCAUAUAGUUGCCUACAUUUUUUUAUUUGUAUCUCAGAGUUGGCGGAAAAUGAACAGAAGUGUGUGCGUGGAAGCUUUUUCGAUGAUAGACUUGGCUACUGUCGCCCGAACGACGGUAACUGUGUGGUGCCUCUAAGUGGCGUAUGUGCGAGUGCUACCGAUGGAGGAUAUGUAGCGGAUCCGGAAGAUUGCCAAGCCUACUACCACUGUUCUACUCUGAAUGGCACCGAGCGGUUAAAAUGUGCCGAAGGAGAGUAUUAUCACAAUGUCACGAGUCAGUGUCAGAUAGACCGCGGUCAGUGCCGGUUCAGAUCAGAAGAGCUUAGAAAAUGUGCCGGAGCAGAGCAUGGAAAACGUUUGCCUCAUGAACGUUACUGCAAUUUAUAUUAUGCCUGCGUAAGAGGGUUGGCCAUUCCAGUGGCGUGCCCUGCGGGGCAACAGUUUAGUGCGGCUCUUGGAAGCUGUGUGUUGGAUGAAAUGCACCAGUGUGAAAAUGGCACACUGGCGGAAGCUUCCAAAAAUGUCACAACAAACCACAUCUGUGGCAACCUUGCGGAUGGCAUUCAUCUGCCUAAUACCGCAGAUUGCACUAAAUAUUAUGUCUGUUUAGGCGGUGUGCCAUUAACGAAAAAUUGUCCAAAGGAUGCGUUCUUCGACCUUGAGCAAGAGCUUUGCGUGCCAGACGAUGGUUCGUGUCCAUAUGUGGAAAAUAAUCAAUCGAAUCACCAGCCAGAACCACCACAACCCGCCGAUUGUGAAGGAAAGCAUGGCUCCAUGAUCUCUGAUCCGGCCAACUGUAAUGAGUUUUACGUUUGCAUUAAUGGAAAGCUGCGACAUGAGCGAUGUUUUACCAACUUUUACUUCAAUGCUUCGCUACGUCAAUGCCAGCCCUAUGAGCUGGAUAUUGUAAAUACAACAAAUGCGGAUGCAGCAAGUCAAAUGAAGGUAAUGCUGAAUGCAUUACAUUGCAGUAAUAAGCCCACAAACUAUACUCAGUUAUGCACGCAAAUACCCCAAGGCACUUCCAUUGCUGAGCAGGACGACUGCAGGCGCUAUAUUAAUUGCAAUGACGCUGGCGAGCCAGUGUCUCAGCGCUGUCGCAAUGGAGAGAGCUUUGAUAGCUUACUGGGCUUUUGCCGUCAAAAUGAUGGCACUUGCUUGCUGGAGAAUGGACAACGUGUAGGCGAAUGCAACGGUCGUCAUGGGCAAUUGGUGCGUGACGCCGACAGCUGCCGUGGCUACUUUGUCUGCAUCAAUGGUCAGAAGAUUGCCAAAAAAUGUGAAGAAAAAGAGUACUUCGAUAAGAUGCUCUCCACAUGUGCCGAGGAUGUGAAUAAUCAGUGCGGUACAGUCGCGGUACAGUCAACCGAAUCGCAAAUUAUGUCGUGCUCAGGUCUCAGCGAUACUACACUUUAUCCAUAUACAGCCGACAACUGCCGAUCUUAUUUCCAAUGUGCGAAUGGGAAACCAACGGUGCAUGAAUGUGCCGAUGGCCUGUUCUUCAAUGCAUCUAUAGGACGUUGUGUAAAGGACAUUACAGAAUGCGCUUUGCCUGCAGUAACUGUGAAGCGCGCACCUGAAGUAGUGAGCUUUGAAGAGAAUAUUUGUGAAAAGGCAGUACCAGGACAACGCUAUGCGAACAUAGGCGAUCUUUGUCGUUCCUUUUAUGUUUGCUUAGAAGAUGGCACCGUAGCUUAUACCACCUGUCCCCUAGAUGAGCUAUACAACAGUGAGAGUGGUACUUGUGAGGUUGCAAGAGAUGUUAUUUGCAAAAUUUAG